AUGGAUGUGCAUCAAUUGAAGAUGAUCUUACAGGACUGUAUGCAACUUAAUCCUAGAAAGGCUUAGUCUUUAAAAUUUCAACUUUAAUUGCUGGAACUCCAAAUUUAGAUUGGAGCUAUGUUUUUUAGCCUAGUGUUGGAGUUCCUAUUGUACAUUAAAAUUACACAACUUGUGAGUCAAUUUCUUGGAAGUUUAUUCAACUAUUGCCCAUUAUGUGUUGAUUCAAUCACAGAUCCUAAUUCUAUUACAAGAGUAUACAUCUUGGGAUAUCUGUAAUCUAAUUCAAAUGGAAUCAUAAUACAUUACGAUGUCUCCUCAAAAUCUAUUGUAAGGGAAUCAAUGCUUGCUACUAAUAUGUACUCGGAGAUGAAAGAUAUCCAGAUCAACUUUAAUAAUGAUUAAAUAUUUGUUCUAGUUGAUACCUAUUCUUUGAAAUUCUCUGGUCAGUAUUACUUAGAUGAUUGCUUGCUGGUUUCUGUGAAUAUUAAUACUUUAAAUGGGAAAAAUAUAAGUUCACAUUUUGGAACAUAAUAUGAUGACUAGUGUAAUUCAUUAGCUGUUAACAGAUAUAACUGUGGAUUAAUGUGGAGCAAAGAAUUUGGAACAGGAGGUUAUAGAGAUGAUUGCCCAGAUGUCGAUUUAUCAUAUGAUGGAUUUUUAGCAUUUGUAGUUGGUGGAUUUUAUAAUUCUUUAGCAUAAUAGCAAGAUAUGUUUAUUCUUACUCUAUCUGUAGUAGAUGGCAGUGUCUAAAAUUAUCGAAGUUUUGGGAGUUCUGGAGAUGACAAACUUAUUGCGAUCAAACAUUUUAGAAGUACUCUUUUUAUUCUUGGAGAUUAAUUUAGUUGGUAUUAAUAGACAGCUACAGAAAUUUCUUAUGAUAUUUUUACAAAUUCAAUUUUUGCCAUGAAGAUUAAUGUUGAUUAAAAUGAGUUCAGCUGUUUUAAGACUAAUGAAACUUUAUCUACUACAUUGUUUCGAGAUAACUCAGGUUAUUGGAAAUCAGAUUAGAAAUUAAUUGACUUUAAAUUCUAAAUUGGAGGCUAUCUUGUACAAUCGAUUAAUGUAUACUCAGCUGAUACUAAUUCAGAGCUUAUAGUUUAAUUGACCAGUUUUUGUAAUGGAGCAGUGCCAAGUGGAAUUUCCUAAGCCACUUUCACUAAUUACUCUUCUUUUCCAGCUUAUGGGUAAGUCUAUUCACUGGCAAAUGUAGACAAUAAGUAUGGUUUCUUUUUCGAGAAAGCGAAAAAUCAACUUAAUGGCCAACCAGAAGUUCCAGGAGAUUUUGGAAUCAGGUUUGCUUAUAGUGUUUCUGGCAAUACCAUUGCGUUUUAUUCAUUCUUGCAUGUUUCUGCUACUGGCCAGAAUGAAAUGAAUGUGGUCUAUCUUGAUGAUGCUAUUCUUUUAAGAGAUUACAAUCAAGAUUCUCAAUAUCUAAUUGGUAUUCCUUUGACUAUGACUGAUUGUUCAGGCUAUUAUAAUAAUAUGUGUAAUUUCACUCUCACUGUUGUUGACAUUACUGGUGGAGUAACAAGUAAUUAAGCCUAUUUCAGAUUUGUAAACAAUUAGCCAGUGAUACUUAAAGACAACUAAUAUGAUAUUUAUUGCUAGAGAGUUGGAAAAAUUCUUAUUUAUCAAGUACCAUUUGAAAAGUUAUUCUUAGACCCAGAUUAUCAGUCAUUAACUCCUGAUAUAAAGACUAAUGGCAUAGAUGGAUUAAAUAUUAAUAAAGUUACUUUCGAUUAUAAGACUAGCAAUAUAAUUGGGUAUCCAGAUGCAGUUAAAGUAUAUUAAGUCUAAGUCAAAGCAAAUGAUUAAAUUACGAUUUCAAAUGGAUUCUACGGAAUUCAAAUAGAAGUAACUGAAAGCAAUCCAAUAGUAAUGGCACAAUGCGUAAAUAAUCUAAUACCUAUUAACUACUUUGACAUAGUUAUAGAUAACACAAAUUUCCAAAAAUUUUCACAAAUAGAUUACUCAAAAUGUCUUCCAAAACCGAAUUAAAAUUCUUACUAUGACAUUAAGAUACUCAACUAAAAUAUUACGAAUAAAGAUCCAAGAUUCACUGGUGGAUGCUAUAAAUAUUCUAUAUUUAGUCAAAUAACAUUUAAUAAUAAGUUAGCACUUAAUAUUACUAAACUUGAGCUCACAGCUUACUAAAACUAGCAAUACUAUUUUGAAGUUGAGGAUUUCUAGAAAUACUUUAUGAAAGAUGAUAUAAUUGAUUUAAACGACAGUGGUACGCAAGUUAUAUUAAAAGUUUAAAUGACUGUUAUCAAAUAAGCAGAAAUGAAGCCUAAGUAAAGUUACUUAUAUUAGAAUUAAUUGCUUUACGAGGUAAGCGAAGGUCAGCUUUUUAAUAUCGAGCUGCCUAGAGAUUUGUAUUACUCUCCAUACAAGAUUUUCAGUCUAAUAAACUCUUCAUUCACCAAUCAAAUCUAACCCUAGUUGCUCUUAAUGGUAAAGCAAAUUUAGUAGACUAAGACUCUGAACAGUGACCCCGAAACAGUUAAUCUCUUGGAGUAUGAGUAUUAUUAUCCAAAAAAUAUUGGAAAUACUAAUUACAUUCCAAGAUGGAUGAGCCUAAUUAAGAAUAAUGGUAGCAUGACUGGAAUACCUAAUAAAAGCGGGUCAAUUCAUUUUUGGAUUACUUUAAGAAAUCAAAAUGAGUUAAGUAGUGAAAGAGAAGUGUCUGAAUCAGUUUAUGUAUAAAUUGAUUUAGAAAUUCAUCCUAAUAACUAUGAAGAGACAGAUAUUUUUCCAAUGAGAAAAGUUUCGAGAGCUUACCUACUUACUGGUAUGUCUAUAUCAGAGUAGGAUAAGCUUUAAAAUGAAAGAAACAAAGAGAAAUUAAGCAAUGCAAGAAAUUAAAAUGACCUAGAUAAUUUCAUUCAGAUAAUUGACCAAAAUAAUUAGGCUGAAUUAGAGUAAAAUAAUAGCAGUUUUGAAAUUGAAUAAGGCAGUAUCAACGAUAGUGAAUCACAAAAGUCAGCUGAGAAACUUGAGAACAUCAAAAACAGACUAGCCUAAAUAGGCCAGAAUCAUAGAAAUGAAGAGAUGAAUAGAUCCUUCUAAAAUGAAACUAGCAUUAAUCUAAUGAGGCAGGAUGAAGAAAAUAAUGAUGAUUCACUACCUUAUAUGAUUUAGUACUAGAAAUAGCCUGAACCUUUGCCAAUGCUAUUGAAAAAUGUUAGACAGUAGAGAUUCGAUUUUUCAGGUUUUUGA